AUGACGGUUGAAUUAAACUCAUUUUAUACGCCGGCGAUACAGGUCGGACUACAUCAGCAUCCGUAUUUGCGAGACGUAAUGGAAAAGUUCGCCGAGUUUGUGUCGUCUAUCGGUCAGAAUGCGCGUUCAUCUUCUUAUAUGUCUUCAAGUGGGGCAAUUCCACGGGGAACUGGUUCUCCCAACGUCCCUCCGGUGAGCUACGCGAGUUGCGAUUUAGCGAGACAACACGCUCUUCCGUUGAGUACACCAUCCCAACCAGGUAAUUAUUUAUUUGACUUCUAUAAUGACUCUACCUUUUGUCCAAAAAUAAUCGCAAUUGAGAGAAUCAACCUUAAUUGAUUUUAAUAUGAAGUUAAUGAGUUGUUCUUCACUUGUAAUUGCAUUUUGUCCAUUUAAACUGCUUUGACAUGUAGUGUUCCAAUUACUAACUCGUGCAGGCAAGUACUCGCCUCCAGUUGGAAGCCCGACGCAGCUUUCACCGAGUCCUCAAUCCUGCAUGGAGAUGGAGAGCGGCAGUAACGAGUCUACCUCGAAGCGUAAAAAGCGUCGGAACCGAACCACAUUCACAUCAUUUCAACUUGAGGAAAUGGAGCGAAUUUUUCAGAAAACGCACUAUCCUGAUGUUUACACACGGGAGCAGUUGGCGCUACGAUGCGACUUGACGGAAGCACGCGUGCAGGUAAACAGUUUGUUGAUAAAAACCAUCCCAAGUUUCACUUCUGUAUCAUUUUCUUAUUACCAUUAAGAAAACGUCGUUAAACUUUUCAAGCAUUUUACAGAUGAUGUACGGCCACUUUACACAACCUGUUAUACUAAUUCAAUUAGUCGUUGUUACUAUGCGAUAACGAAAAGAGAUUACACAAGUUAGCUUGGUCAGACCAACUGUAUUUCUUUGAUUUCCAUUGCGUUAAUCUAUAAAUUACUGAUCACCUAGCGAAAGGUGCUGUUAAGUAAGUAGUCAAUAAGGUCUAAAUUCAGCGAAUGUAUCAAGUCGUUUUGGGGCCCGAUCAUUUGGGUUUAGCACAAGUAAUAGUGCAGCUUUUUAAACCAAUAGGUAGACUAGUGAAAAUAAGUAACUAAUUCGUUCUUAGUGGUACAUCUUCCUUUACGUUACUUUACUCUACUAUCGAAGGUAAGUUUGUUUAAGGUCAAUGAAUCAUUUUCUUGUGAGCUAGGGUUUGUAUCUGAUACUUACUGUGAUGCAUGAAACAUCUAUUCGUGAACGAGAGGUAUGGUCUGAGAGAAGGUUUCGUUUUUGUGGGAAAUAUCUGUAACGGCAGUCGCCUACAAAUGAUGCCGAUGUGGAACAGAGUACGCAAACACAGAGAUAUUAUAUCUCAUUCUCACGAGCAUUCAAACGUCUUGUAACCGAUUAUUUCAAGUUAGAGAGGCUCUUGCAGUUUAUAAUAAGAACUUCAAAGGAGUUGUGGUUGGAGCGGUCUACUUUGAGCUAAACACGUACAAGUACUUGCCUAGAGAUGUGGUCUAAAAUGAUAUAUCGCAGCCCCCAACAAAGGCUUGUUUUUGCUAAAGAUACUGUAAAUUAGCGGAUGAUGGGUCUAACCACAUGGAAAACGCCAUCAAAAACUUGGUUUUAUCACAGGAAGGUAAUCUUGCAACACAUGGAUGUUUAACGAUGGACAGAAUUCGUGUCGGGAAAUGAAAUGUCACUCGUGCAAAUUAACUGUCUGCUACGCAUUCUUAUUUUUUAUCAUCUUAAGCCAUGAAUUGACAGAAAUAUAUUCUUGCAAUUUAAACUAUAAGUCAUUUUUUCACUGCUAGAAACGAUUUAACUUCCGUAAGACCGACCUCCAGUGAUUGUCCUUACAUGGAUCCUCUGAGAAAAGGGAUUUCAGCUUUCAAUCAUUCAUUGUCUGCAGAGCUAUAUAUUUUAAUUUCACAUCUUUAGUGUUUGCUUGAGCAGGGUAUUUCCUUUCUUUCUUUCAUACUUACUUUUUUCUUUUUAAAACAGAUUUUUAAACAGUCACUAGGUGGAAAAACAUGUGUCUCACCUACAUUCUAUCAGAGCCAGUGUCAGAGCUUAAUUUUAAGGCGUAAUAAUAAAUUAUUUGAAAAAAAGAAACAGAAUUUUGUACGUUACUCAAGAAAAUGAAAUAAACUUAAGCAGAAAAAUAAUGAUAGUAAUCGAAAGAUCUCCGAACGAAAAUUACACUUUGGGAGAGAAGGAAUCAAAAGAACAUUUUUGUGAAAGUGCAGCAGUCUAGAUGUUUCUCUGCCGCGUCUGAGCAAGUGUAUAAUUAGUGCCCCUUGCACAAGGGAUAAUGGGGAAAUCUUUGCAGCGGAAAGUCACGCUAAAGUUGUUAUCAAAGUCUCCUCUUUCAUCGGUCAUUAGGAAAAAAACUUUGCUCCAUUUAACUCUCAGCGUUGGUCCAAGGGGCAGCUCAAGCUUCAUAAUCUUAAAGCAAUCCUUGCACGAUUCCAGGCACGCGAAUAAAGGCUAAACUUUGAUACUAUAGAGUUAUAGAUACACUACUACAAUAGCCAAGUCAAUUCCUUCCCUUUACGUGCAAUUGGUCAACUUAAAUUUUGGUUUUUAUAUCACCAGGUAACUUCUUAAAUUAAAUAGACGAGGAACUAAGCGUAAAUUUAUUUGGUGCAAGUGCAUUUUGAUUGUUGUGGAAUUUUUAUAAGCGGUGAUUUAGAGGAUCUGAAGAAGGGCGUGAGCAACUGCUUGGUUUAUGUCUUUUGCAUAAUGGCAGCUUCAGUGUCUUUGUGGCAGGCGUUUCCGUAAAUGGGCUUUUUUACGCCAUUUGGGAUACUGGCUUAUCGGAAAGCUGUAUUGCGCCCGUUUACGGAACAUUUGUUACUAGCGCUUGUUAUGUCCAAUUUUCGAUACCCUCGAUUCUUACUUUGUUAAUCGCUUAUCUAACCCUUGAUCGUGAAGUGUUUGUCCUAUCAAUACUUCGAUGUGUAUCGCUAGUUGUGAAUGAUGAUUGAGCUGUCAUACUCGUAUUAAACUUGCAAAAAAACUUAUCUCUCGCUGAACAGAACAUGUAAACUUUACUUUUUUAAAACCGAUUUUAUCUAUCUCGACUUGCGCGUGGAAAAUUACAUCAAACUUUGAUUCUGAAAUGUCGUGCAUUUAUUUUUUGCAAAAAAUGUUUCGGCAACUUCAAAGGAAACCUGAUAAAUUUUGAUCGGGGUAACAUUGGACAGUCUGUGUUUCGUCUGUUUAUUUGUUCUUCAAAAGUAAAUUGUAAACUUGUUAUGCUGGACCGCUAAAUGAUUUUAUAUCUUUUCGUAAUUAAAUCUUUUGUUUAGACAAUUUUCACUUCUAUAACGUCAACAAAUAAAAGGAACUUGUUAUGUUUAAAAGUCGCAGCAGACGGCAUUCAGGAGUGCCUUUAACGUAUCACUUUCUCCUUCUUAUCGAGGGAACUAGAGAAAAGUUGACAGCCAAAUAUUAAUAGCGGCUAUUGAGACAUAUUUGCUUAUCCUCUUAAUUCUGACUAAAUAUUUCAUAUUUUUUUAACCGGUCAAGGUUAGUACUGUGAAAAGGGAUGAACUGUAUCGGACAAGCGCGUGUUUUUAGCGUUCUUUCUUGACAUAUGUCGGAAAGUGACACCGGAAGCUUGAAUGUGUGUUGUCUGGUUCUGUGAUUUGCCGAACCACGCAAUAAUUUAUCUCCUUGUCUGCUAAGCUUUGCAUAAAUCUUACACUUAAUUUUUGAUAAGUUAUAUCAAGGACUUACUCAGGCUAUAUUUUUCUGUAGUUUUAUUUGAUAGCAAAAAAUGGUGAUCACUUUAUUCACCACGCGUGGGCGAAACCUUCAACUAAGUUUCUUUCGUCCUUGCUUUUGCUUUCUCUGUAUUGUCUUGGAAAAUUUAAUGCAUAAAUGUUAAGUUUUUAGGGAUUAAGCUGAAAGUCCUUCUCGGAAAUAGUAUGCUGUCGUCGCCUCAUGCUAUUGUUGCUAAUAGAUCUUGGAUAUCCUGGGGGCCAACAACAUUUCUUUUAUUAGCUCAAUAAGCUUGUGAUCGCCAGUUCCUAAUGGGGAAUGGCAAUUGACGUAAUGUGGAUCUUUAUGGACGAUUUUUAUGUCAUAUAAUGCAAGUUAAACAAAAUAGAAAAGUUUUAAAAGUUAUUUGUAGAGUAAGUAGAUAUUAUGGGUGUGAUUUACCACGGGGCGGUCCAAGGAUAGAGGAACGCAAAUAUGUGUGGACUUCGAGGACUUAAUUCCCUUUUUCUUGUCACCUGUUACGUUCACGUAAAUAAUUUUAACAACUUUGAUAAACGCUUUAUAUACAGAAUCUUGUUUUUGCUGUGAAAAAAAGCAGCGUCCGACUGCAUAAUAAUGCGAGGAUUUCAAGCACAAACUAAAGAAGAAGAAGUGAAUCUCUUAAAUUGAAUAAAUGUAAAAGUAGGGUGAUCUAUUUCCCCUCAAAAGUUAAACCCUUCAAGAAGUCGUUAACCUGUUCCAUUGUACUUCUCUCGUGGCCCGCACUUAAAAGGCUCAUUUUACUUUAGAGUGUUAUAGGUGAUUCAAUGUGCUUUCAAGAGAAAACCUCUCUGCCGCAACAAGGGAGAUGUAUCUUGAUCCUGAUAAAGCAAAACCGGCUUCAACCCACAACCACUUAUCUGCUUAUUGAAAAAACUGCAGGGCUUUUCCGUCGGCAAAGCUAGGGACUGAGUGGGGUUAAUCCCCUGUACGCUUUGUGUUCAACAACCCUCUUUGGGCGUGCACGCCUGGGGUGUGUGUCUGCAGAGAAUGUCUUUCUGGCCUGUUUCUCGUGACAAGAAAACCACGUUUUAUUUCAAAUAAGAAUACUCUUUGGUAAAUAUUAAUUUUAGCCAAAAGCGACUCAUUCAAACUGGACUAUUUUUCGAUUUAGCAGUGUUUGAUUUCUGUACAUAUUAUUUUUCACGUUUAUAUUUGUUAAUUUAAACUGGGGAUCUUCUCAGAAAAGCUCAGUAGGGCUUGCUAAGGUCUUCUGCCAUAAAUGUAUCCAUGCCCUAGUUAAGCAUUGUUGUAUUGUAUUGUGAACGGCGUAAUUAAAAUACUGGCUCAGAAUGCAUCAAAAACACACACACACCCACCCAAAAGCGUUAUCGUUGUAGUAAAAUGUGUUCGACAGGUUGAGACAGAUUUUAACGGCAGAUUGCAAAUUUUGAGAAGAGUUAUAAGUUUCAUCAUUUUAGGAAAAUUGGUAUGGAACGAAUUUAUGAGUGUUUUUGUUGAUAGCCUAAAACAAACAAAAAAUACAUUCGCCAGUUAUAGAAUUCUAUAGAUCACCCAUAUAUAUUGUAAACAGGCGAGGCAACUCUGCAGGAUUCUUCGCGUUUGUAGAUAAUAAAGCAAAGAUAAGCGAAGUAAAUAAGCAAUGGGAGUGAUACACCUCUACUUUACCAGCAACAGAACUUGUUUAAUUUCUUAAGUCGGCUGUAAAAACCGAAAAUCACUCAGUCUUGAGGUGAUAUUUUAUUCCUGUAGAACUUCGAACAGAAGCCUAAUGCGGACUAGUCAGGCAUGCGGGAAGAUAGGAGGUCAGAGAAUGAUAAAAUAGGCGGAAGUCUGCUAGGGUUUUUUACCUUUCUUCGUUUUUCUUUGCGUUAUAUGCCAAGCAUUUGUGAUCAAUCUUUAUCAACAGUACGGUACUAUGCCUGGGCACGUCGUUCUUGAUUAAAAUAUCCUCACUAAAAGGGCUACUUAAACUUUCAUUCAGAAAUCCAUAUUUACACAUGUUGACUGGCGUAUUCAAAUUGGAAAUUUAGCGGCUUUUUUAGUUAAUAUUUCUGCAAAUGUAAACUUUUUCCAUUUUUUUAAAGCUUGGCUCCUUUUUCCUGGCUAUAACCAUACACACUAAAAUGCUUAUGUUAAUUUCCCUGCGAUUGUUGUUGAAUCAUUCCACGUUUAAUUUCGAAUUCAGUAAAACUCUUUAAAACUUGCCUUUAGUUUAGAAUUUCCGACCAGUCUUAUGCAUUCUUCACCAGAGAAAAUUUAUAUAGCAUUUACAGGUAUAUAGUCAAAAGAAUUCCGUUUUUUUUAAUGGUUCUCCACAUUUAAACUUGCUAAAUUUACUGAACAUCAUGAUUGUAAGUUUUCAAUAAUGACCGCGUUUUUCUUAUAAUUAUCUACUCCACCGUUUUCACUAAAAAGCACUAUUAAACUGCCGAAGAUGUAGCUCACUUAAACUUUAAUUUGGGACAAUUUUGGCCUUGCAUGAUAUUUUUAGUUACGUGUUUAGCGAGUUAGAUGUUUGCAAUACAAACAAUCGUUCAUCGUUUGGGGUCCACUUUCAGUAGACAGAUUAACUUGACAUUCAGGAGAUAGCUGUUUUAGGAUCUAAGAAUUCGUCCACUAUAAAUCUAUAACUGUAAAUGGUUUUUCAGAAAAUAAACUGGGUGAAACAGAUAGUAAUAGUUUUAAUUUAGUCAGUAUCAACAAAGUUUUUCAUCUAGCGAUGAUGAAAUCUGUUAGACAAAUAAGGGAGUUUUUUAUUGUCAUUUCACAAUAAAAGGGUCGAAAAAAAAGAAUACCGAUUUUGACCACAUCCAUAUAGUAAAGUAUCAGGAAGAAGGGUGUUGAGCCAGUUUGUCAGUAUUUGUUUGGGUAAUAGAGAGAAACAAUAAGGGAGUAAAAAUUAUCUACUUCUUUUAUUAUUGAUACAUGCACAUAAAUCCGUCGACCUUUAAAGUUCUGAAAACAUUUAUUUAAAAAAAAAUAUGUCCUUAAGAAGUAUAAUAAUUUUAAUCGACGAAGGAAUGUUAACAACGAUUGGACUUUCUCUGUGUUUGUUCCUUCUCUGUAAAUAAUGACGAAACCCACGAGGACGGACAUAUGCACGAUAUGUCAAUCCCUCUCUGUUGUUUAGAAAUUAAAUCUGCUUAAAGAAAAUUUACAAUUACAGUUUAGGCAAGUUUGUCUCAUGUUGUUUCCCUGUGCGUAAAGAUAAAUUUUGGAAGAUUCCCUUAUUUAUUAUAAAAGGAAACUUCCAGGAGAAAAAAGGUAGCGAUUCAGUUACACCACUGAACAUUUUGUUCCAUCAAAUUCUGUGUUGUUGCCAAGGUCGGAAAAAAAUCUCGUUUUGAAUCAGUGUGUUGUUUUAAUAAGAAAUCGACGUUUCUAUGAACAUAGAUGACGACACUUAACAAUGUUCUUUAUUGAUCCUUAGCUUAUUACUAAUUAACAGGAUUUUUGUUUGAACUGCACAUUAAACGUUUGUUUUAAUGAAAUCAAUGUUUGUUUAACUCUCUAUCUUCAAUGAGGUGUAACGCUUUAGGAACUUGACCAGAUUUUUAAAAUUGCUUCUUGAAGGAAAAUUAAUCUGAAAACAGCAGUGUAUGAACUCAUAGACUUCAAAGUAAAUAAUGGAAACAAUGAAAAUUUGUUUUAGUACAGUCUAGUGUUUCCACGUGAGCACAUGGUAUAAUGGCAGCUAUAAUAGUGUUUCGCUUUUUUUAAAAUUAUUUUCAAUUAGCGCGAAAAGUAUUGGGGAAAGUCUUGGGCCAGAAAAAAGAAAAAAAAAAAGAAAGCGACCUUAGAAAAUUCUGACAAUUCAGAUCAGUGUGUAAAAACGGCUGCGCAUCUGAACUUAGAUCCUCAGAAAGAAUGCAAACUUGUUAUCACAAGGAAGGUUGGCCUAUCAUAAAGUUGGCGCCGAGCCCAGGGUCAGAGAGGGAUAUGCGGUAAAUAAAGCUGGAAUUAUGGAUUAUUAAGGAGAUAUAAUCACAGUUUUCGACCUAAGAGGAUUAUUGAAAGUGACAAGAAAUAACGUCUGUUGCAUCCUAGCGUUUGUUGCAUUCUACGGGCUUUAAAUUUGCGUCAUUAAAAAUUGCGUCAUUAAAAAUUGUUUUCCUCUGCUAUUUGCAAACUUUUAAAAUUUUCUUCUCUAGUAAACUGUUACUUGUCUUUUCAUUUUGUCUUUGUUUAAGCGAGACCGUCUGUAAUUUUAACAAAGAUCGAUAGCUACAUGUAACGUCAAGUUGACUGAAGAAAUGUUUUGCAACUCACAAUAAUUCCGAGUGUGGAACGGUAGAAAAAUAGAGAGACAUUUUUCAAAGUUAGUUAAUUGUUUUUAACCGAACUGAGGACUGGCUGAAUGUGACCCGAAGACUACCAUCACAAUGAUGGAUUCGCAGGAUAGUGCUUUCUUAUAUAAAUGGUCACAUUUUGAAGUUUCAGACGUCUUAAGCACCAGAGUAACGUAAAUUUCGAUACAGACGGCGCAGAUCAUGCAAACGUUUGGGAAAAUGAACUUUUUUAGAAACAGUUAAAGUUGUCGCCCUGUUUCUGCCACACUUAGCAUUGGAAUGUGCGUAAUAAAUAAUCACGGUUUCCUGCUAAACCAUGUUUUAUAGUAACCAACCAAACAAACAAAUAAAGAGGAAUCUAUUCCCGGCUCGUGUCAGUUAUUCUCGACUCAUUAGUCAACCUAUUUUAGCAGGUUGGAAUUAUAAGCUUUUGUAAAAAAGUUCAGUGUUUGCCAGAAAUUUCUUAUAUAUUUCAAGAAAUAUUCAUAACAUACAACACAAGAAAGUCAGACUAAAGACGGAUGUUUUCAAUACAGUAUGUCUCGUGCGGGUUGGAAGACGUUUUGGUAAAUAGCUGAUUAUUGCAUUGUUUGUAGGCAAUGUCUCUUUUAUAAAACCGUGAGAAAUACUGGUUAAGAAAUAACUAAACUCAGUACGUUAACGAUUUAUUCAUUUUGAAAAAUGUAGCCUACAUUGGUCUACUUUUUCUUAUUAUCUCUUUCAUCUUAAGUGUUCUCUUUAUUUUUUCUUAUUUUACCAUUAACACAUGUUUGAGGUUUCUUGCAAUUUCAAAAUAUUGAUUUUAGGCGUAUGUUUCAAAAUGUUGACUUAAAAUAUCCUGACAGAGUUCCUUGAAAGUAAGAAUUACUCCGCAAUAUACAGUGGAACCUCAAUAUAACGGAAGGUCAAGGAUUGGCAAAAUUUGUUCGCUAUAGCGAGGUAUAGUUAUAUCGAGGUUCUUUUCCAUAUAUUUUGCUAUUACUGGUCUACAGAAAAUCGUUUGUUACACCAAGGACUUCGUUAUAUACAGGUUCGUUAUAUCGAGGCUCUGCUGUAUUUGCAUGAAAAAAUGUGCUUUAUUGAAGUAUAUGUUUCAUUUUUUUGCUUUUAUAAUCAACACAGUGUCUUGCUCAUUGCAUCAAUGACUUGUCCUUCUAUGUUCCAACAUCAGCUCUUAUUAAGUUAGUGCUUGACCUGACCUGUCUCUGGUGUUCAUGCAAAUUCCCACCUUUAUUUUAGCAAGUAUACUUGGAUAUAGGGGUCACUUUUAAUUAUACUUCUGCCAGUGUAACUGUUUCUGAGUACAUAAUUGACCACUGACUUAGUGUAUGAAACGAAUUUUGCAUAGAUAACUUGGACGUGGAAGUCCCUUCACUUCGUAAGUGAUUGUCUCUUGAAAGUCUCUUGUACAUGUUAGCAUGAGCGGUUCAACGUUGCUUUUUAAAUCACUGAAUACCCUCCCGCUCCACAGAAGUGGCUGGUUGGAUCUAAUAUGCGUCUGCAUCGAGGCAAUAAAAUGGCCAUUUGAUUGGCUUUCGUCUUUGCGAGUUUCCAGAUUUACUGAAUUCUAAGCAGGAACACUUUACAAAAUGUCUCAAGGGAGUGACAAGCCUGCAGAUGCCAUAAUAUCUUGAUGAAGUCAAAAUGCAGUCUUAUUUAUCGUCUAUCGAUUUAUUUCAUUGCAUUGCUAGUAAUGACUUCUAGUAUUAAAUUGUUUUUGUCGCUCAUGCCAAGCGCAGUUCUUCCUUUUCAACUUCCUUUCACUCUCAGACUGAAUGAUGGAGUCUCAUAGGGUGGUUCUACCUUUUGAGUCUGUGGACGAAACCCUGUCUUGUGACCAUUCAAAUGAAAGCUACUAAGCAGUACUUUCCUGUGGUACUGUAUUUAUUAUGCUGCACAAGGUGGUUCUAACUUUUGAGUCUGUGGACGAAAUCCUAUCUUGUGACUAUUCAAAUGAAAGCUCUUUGCCAGUAUUUUCACAUGGCACUAUUUGUUUUUCAACAUUUCACAAAAUAAAAUUUGGAAAUUUUGUCGAAAUUUGAUUUUGGCGACUUUAGGCAUUGAUAAGGUUAAACUGUGAAAUGUGAAUCACAGGGAGCUGGAUAUAUGGAAACUUCAUAAAACAAUAUUUCUUCGGCUCAGUUAUUUUUGUGGGCUUAUUAUAGGACAUGCUUUAUUUUUCAAUCAUUCUACGUACUGUCCGGCAAAAACAAACGUCAUUACUUUGUUUAUAAUCGGUUAUAGUUUCAUUUUAUGUUAUUGUUUGGGGUGGUUUUUCUUUUGUUACUUGCGGUUGCAUUUUUUCGAAUACUGUAAACAGUGUCAUGUUUAAAAUGUGAAUGAAUAAGAAGUACUUUCGUUUCUCAACUAUAUUUGCGAUCGAACGUAGUCCGCGCACAGAAAGGUUUAAACCUAUAAUUAAUAAAAUUUGUUCCAGGCGAAAAUAAACGUUACUCUUUUCUUUUCCAUAGCAUUAAUUGAAAACAUGAUACUUUAUGGAAUAUCUCAUUUUCUGUUCCAAGUUUGCUAGUGAGCUAUGUAUAUCCAUUUUUCAGUUGCACUUAUUAAAAUGAUUGUUUUUGGCGGUUUUCCUUUCUACGGUUCUGAAGAGUUUGGAAUCGUUUUCCCAGCACAACCAAUAAUUGUUGAAUUCUCGAGAAAUGUGCUUUGAUGCAUUCUAAAUUGAGAAUCUUGUAAUAAUAGUUGUUUGCCAAAGUUUUUUUCUUUUAAUAGUUAAGAUAUAAAUUUUAUUUCGUCAGCGAGCAUGAAAUUGCUUUGUUCAUUCCUUAAUAUGUAAUAACGGAAUAGUGUACAGUUAAUCGUUGCAGUAAAGUGUUACGUCUAGGCAGUAUCUUGUUUUUGGCAAACGAAUUUGAAGUGUCACUGUGUAUUGGAAACACAUCGGUACUAAUCAAAUUAAUCGUGUCAUCGAGGCGGACGAGACGGAAAAUACGGGAAACCAGAUUAUUAUAACCUUGAUUGGCUUCUCACUGUCCCCACUAUGGGAGGGCCUGCCGGGACCGGCUACAGGAAGCUGUUUAUAGAUUUUACAUCUCUUUCUGUAAAGACCUAUCAUACUCAUUUGGUAUUUUCUUUGUUAGUAAUUAGGAAAUAUACCGACUGGAGUUUUGAUUUUCUCGGAAGAAAUUACAAGGGCGCCACUUCAUAUUUACAGCUAAUGUGUGAUCCUUAAACAUAGAGUUAAGACGUCAAAAAAAUCAAAUUAAACUUUCAUUAUAUUACUCUUUAUAGCUGUUCUUUCCUGAGACGGCGAUUUCCCUUGAACUGAAUGACCGUUAACUCUUAAUUUAGCGCCCUCAGAACGCCUAUAAUGUAGAAUAAAACGAUGGUGGUGCGUAUUUUAUAUGCUUCCAAGUCAUGGUCAGAUGCAAGGUGUGUGUUUUUUGUGUUAUUAUAUCAUACCGUAACAUACGUGCAGGAAAACAACCAUAACGUGCGUACUGUUGUUCGAAGCUGUCUUUGAAUUCUUAUCGCGCCACGUCGCAUGCUCGUAUUCGUAGAUAAUAACGUUAUUUUUGCUCUACAGCUAAACUGUUACGGGACAGACUGAAGCAACAAUCAAUGUGCAAAUCUGCUUGUAGGAAAAAGGGAGACAGAGGGGCGCUUAUUAGAAGAGAGACGUAAUUGCAGUUUUAGUUUUAACAGUUUGAAUGGCCCGUUGUAUUCUCCUCCACCCUCCAACCCAACCCCUUUCAUUUCUUCGAGAAAGAAGAACACAUUAUCCCAACUGAACUUCUUGUAAAACUAUUCAAGUUGUUUUGUCUGUCUUUAACCUUGAGAUUAUUUUUCGUUGAAAGGGAUGCGCAGAUAAGUUUUAAUACCCUUGAUUGGAUUUUCUUUUCGAGAAGGAUUAUUUUCAAGAUUGUAGCGCCGUUAUGAAGAAUUUUAUGAGUAUUAUACAUUGAAGAUUUAUAACCAUGUUUAUUGGAUUCCCGGGAGGUUUUAGUGUUCAAAAUAAAGGCACGACGUCAUUGCAUUGCCAAAGCUGACGAUUACAAACACAAUCGCUUUUAAUUAUAGAGAGAUAACCUUCGACAGCAAAUUAUUUCCACGUGAUAAGCAAAUAAAAAGGUAAGAAAUAAAAAUAAAUAAAAAUAAUGAUUGCGAAGGGAAAAUAUAUACUGACAGGAUUUUGUUGGCAAAAAUGUUUAUUUUCUGGUGUUGGCUAUCCUUUUUCUGUAUCUUUUGAAGGGAUACUUUACUUCAUACGAUUGUGUUUACAAAUCGUUUUAAAGGCCGUUUACUUGAAAGAUGUCAAGUGCGGAUAUCUCAUUGAAAUGGUUAGCUUUGGAACCUUUAUCUUACGCGCGAAGUUAAUGCACCAAAAAUAGUUCCACUUACAGCCCACAAAACGUUUUUGAAAGAAAGGGUUAUGCAGUUAUCCACCAAGACUGGGAGUUAUUACUCUAUUACGUCAAAGCCAGAGUAAUCGUUAAGUGACGCAGCCAAAAACAACAAAGACAAAAAAACAUAAAAACAAAACAACUUACUAACUUUAAUAGCAUGGCUAUUUACUUUGAGAAUGCCUUUUUUUCCCGUAAAACGGUGGAUCCCUCCUUUUGAAACUUGUGUACUAUGACACGAUUUAAGUCCAGGAAGAGGAAAAGAUAUAAAGAUUAUUUUGUUUUGAGAGUAGCAUAUCUUUUCUUAUCGCUCUUCCAUGGUUAGAAUUAGAAUGACAAACUUAUCGCUGCAAGUUUACAUGGAUUAGUUGACGUAUGGUAGCAGACAUUCCCUUCGGAUAGAUAACUUGAUUACGGGAAUUUUUUAAUCCAUGCUUAGACGCACGAGGGCUUAAUUCAGCAAUCAUUUUGAUUUCCGUUAAUCCAUGUUACAUAUUUCCUCUCUCGCUAACGUCACGCUAAUCAUGAUGAUCGAUUAUUAAAAAGCACGCAUUUUUAUAGCCAAGUAUUGGACAGGAUUCAAAAUCAAGCACAGACAGGCAAUAACCUUGUAACAUGAACUUCAUCUGUUCGACAAGAGCAAGAUUAAACUGAUACUAAUCAUAUGAUAACGGAUUCACUAAGAAGCCAUCUUAGCAAAAGGUUACAUAAUGGAGACAAGAGCAUUCUGUACGAGAGCGGUGUAUCGACUGAUAGAUAGCAUUUUCUAUUUUUAGAUUUAUUAUCUUGAUAUCGUUUCUUAUUCUGCAGUGCUUGUAGCAAAUUGCAGCCGUGCACGGUGUAAAACGUCCUUCUUUCCCUGUGUAGCGACAUUGACUAACAAUCCGCUCUUUUGAGGGAAAGUUACCUCAUUAUUUUGAAGUUCAUGUCUAUAUUUACCUUAUGAUUAUUCUCGUGACAGGUAUUCUUCUAUAAUUCGCAUUAGUUACGACUAGAUUUUUUGAUCCCUUUAAGACUGGAGUUGAAUAUUUGCCUAUUUGUAGUUGUGCAUUUGAUAAAGAGAUGAAAGCUCUUCUCUUCACAUUACCCUUGCUCUCUGCUGCUGCUCUUGUUAUUUUCAAUGAAUGGGUGAGGUAGUCAGAAUCUUUCCCGGUAUCUGUCUAGGCAAACGAUUAACUGGUUGAAAUUCAGUUUUUAACGUUCAGCAAUAUUAGAGUCCAAACGCUUUUGUUUUUAUCGUAAAUCAAGCUACAAAGUAUAAUUUAUAUUUGCUCGUGUCAUCUUUGCCGGAAUAGUGUAUCUUUAGACCCAGAUUUUUGGUUUUAGAUUUAUUCCGGCACAGGAAAUUCCGGUACAUUGAAAUUGUUCGUUCAUUCAACAAUAUGGGUCCAAACUCUUGUUUGUAUCAUAAACCAGGCAACAAAGUACAUUUUAUAUUUACUCGCGUCAUCUUUGAAUAGUGUAAGUUACGUGUGUGAAGGCCCCCAACAAUAUUUUUUUAAUGAGAAACCAACUUUUGGUUUUAAAUUUAUUCUGGUUUUAGAGGUACUUUUGGUGAAAAGAACACCAAGUAGGUGGCUAAACAGAUGUCUGGCUCUUAACUAAGAAACUACAUUUUAUGCGACCGAUUAAUUUAAUGGCUUAGUUUUUUAUUUGUCUCUAUAUUCGGUGUAGUGUUUGCCCUCGGAACACAAAGUCCUUUUCAACGGUUCCAUUCAUUUCAGAAUGUGAAACGUAAACGAAUGAGUCUCACGCCUAAACCACUCCGCCCUGCCAUAAAAAUUGUAUCAUUUUUAGGAAAUACUUUCUGAAGUGGGUAUAAACUUGCCCUUUCAUAGGAAGGUAUAUUCAAACCACAAACAUCAGUAGCAACGUAUUGAUUUCUCAGCUCUGUUUUUUGCAAUUAACAACGGAAAUGGUUUCGUUACAAGAUGAGCAAUGGAAGCCGGUAUCAUUGUAGGAAUGGCUUUUCUUUAAUAAAGUACUCAUAAGCCUUUUGAAGCACCGAAUGGUGUGUCUGAAAACAGUGAGGUGGGCCAAGAGUACGUCUCCAUGUUCAAUGUCAUUAAAAUGAAAUCAUCAACACAUUGGCUUUAAGUAAGAAGUAGUAUUAAACAUAACUUAAAAACUGUAACAUCCAAGGAGGCAGAAAUGCAAAAACUGACAUGAUCGAAGCUGAUAGUCUGGAAAUGUGUCUUGUUUCUACUUGGUAUCAUGUAACUGUAGGAGUGAAAGAAAAAAAUAAUUAGUGCACAGAUAUGAGCGAUAAUCAUCCAAGUGAAAGCUCUUGAAAGGAGGUAAUUUUCUAGUAAAAAUAUGUCCGUAGUAACCAUGUCCCUGCAUGUGGUCUUAAUUUUUUAUUUCUGUGGUCGGAGAGUCGUUUAGUUUUUAGAGGUGAGACUAAGAUUUUUCUUCGUUGUUCUGACAAGUUAAAAUUGGUCCUAGCUAGUUGUUCAUUGUUGUUAUUGUUAUUUUUUGACUAAGCUUUAUCGAGUUGCGCGUUUUGCAUUUUUAACGCCAGCAUCGUUUUUGAGUUCAUGUGGAGUCUUCCAGUCUAGACGGUUUAUUCCCCUCCUGGCAGUAGAGAACAAGGAGUCCUCAAAGGACAGAUACCCACAUAUAUGCUAGCACGCAAAUUUCCGGAGUAGAGGUUACAAAAGAUAGCCGCGAAUCCUUUCAUCUCGGCACAAAUCUGCACGCGUUGACAUGCGGUUACAUUAUUUUCCUUCAAACUGGAAAGUUUGGCUUUUUUGCACGAAAAUGCGAAGUCCGUAUCGGAAGUUUCACCUUUGGAUCGUGGGAAACAUUCUUACUGGUGUUUUCUGGGUUUUUCUCAUGGUCAGUCACAUUUCGUUAAGUCUUACAUAUCUUUCCCUCUCUUGGCCAAUAUAUAUUUCAGUAUAUUCGCGAAGAUAUUAAAGAUAUACUAAUUAAAAUGAUGUGUUUUAUUAAUCUACAGAUAAGCACUUGUAUUUGUACUUUAAAUAAGCGUCCAUGUAAUCAAUCCUACUGGGCAAAAUUAUCACAAACGACACAGCCAUGUUUAACUGUAUUUUCACAAUUGCAAUUUAAUAAUCGAACCCGGUUUUGUUUGUUUAUUUGUUGCUUUUCUACUUUGUUUGAUGUAAUUUACCAUUUUACCCAAGAGAUGCAGAUACAACUUCUCCCCACUUAGUGAUAUCCAUACAAUUCCUUGAAGACGUUAUUCUUAUUGUCCCUUUUCCCUUUGCUGAUCAUUGUAUUAAUCCUCAUUAACGUUUUUUCGGUGUCUUGAUAUUACGUGGAGAAAAUUGAUGUUGAUCACUCUAUUAUGAUUAUGAUUAUGAUUAUUAUUUAAAUAUUGGCACAAUAUUGGCAUAUUAUUGGCAUAUUGGGGUACAGUGGAACCCCGCCUUACGACCACCCCGUUUAUAAGACCACCUCGUUAUUACGGCCACAUUCUUUCAAACCAAACGUAAAAACCAUUGAGUCAUUUUACUAUUUUGACGACCCCGUUAAUGCGACCACCUCGUUAUUACGACCAGGAUUUUAUGGCCCAACGGUGGUCGCAUUAACGGGGUUCCACUGUAGUAGGUAAGUUUGUAUCUUUAAUUCUUAGGAAAAUAAUUCUCAUUCUUUCUAUUAUUCUCUAUAGGUGUGGUUUCAAAAUCGAAGGGCCAAGUGGAGGAAGCGCGAAAGAUUUGCACCAGUCACAGUUCCUGCUCGGGCAAUGAGCAUGGCGCCUAUUUACGAGCGUCAUCCGCAGGCCCCUUGGCCUCGUCCCUCUAAUAGUUGUAUGAAUCCGUCAGGACCUGGCGCUGGACCAUUACCUCAUCACAUGUCAGUUCCAAGCUAUGCACCUGUCGUGCACGUGCAUCACCCGUUGCCACCAAACAGACAGUCACCAAGAUCACCAUCUCCUGAGUCCCCUCCGCAUUGCGUAAAAGUCAAUGCUAUGACAACGUCAACGAACGGAAUGAGGAGAUCACCUAUCGUGCACCCGAAUGUCACUAUUUCACAGCAUGAUCCAACAAGGCAACUUUCGCCUUGUGCGCAUGUCCCUCCACAACGCGCAUGUCACUCUCCCGGUGAGAGUUACCGCGGAUCAACUGGAUCCAUGACGCAGAAAACAUUUUGUGACGAACGUGAAGAGUCGUCACAGUGCUCUGGGCGGCAUACCACGAGCAUUGCGGCGCUGAGAAUGAAAGCGAAAGAGCACUCGGUGGUCGUUGAUAUGGCAAGAACACAUAAUGGACGAGCAGAUGUGUGA